AUGGCAAUGGGUGCUACAGAAGUUGAGCGCAGCAUGCUUUUAGUACUAAGCCAAUCCAAAGGCACAGAGAAGCAAAGGCGACAGGGCAAGUUCCAGCCCUUCAGGCGACUCUUUGGAAAAAAGAAGCAGAAGAGGGAAGCCCAAAGAGGUUUUAAUGGGGCACAGUUGAAGACCAGUUUCUCCACUGGUGAGGUGUGCAAUGGAGUUGUGUCCGAUGACGAGAAUGCAAGUCAAAGUCUAAGGGAGCUGAAUCCCGUCGGACCUCGAUCCCUGUCGCACGACAGCAUAUUCAUCCCGGAGGAAUCGGCCAAGCAGGCCAACCUAGAUCACACCAUGUCGCAGGAAAACGUCUCGGACAAAGUGAAGAAUUUGCAGAAGCAGAUCGCGCAGACUAUCAAGUUUGGGCAGAAGCCCCCUUCUCUGAGAAGAAGCGAGGGUGAUGAGGAAAGUUCUGAUGAAGAGACUCCACAGAGUCCUCUGAGAGUGAUGGCACAGGUCGAAACUGAGCCAGAAAAAGCGGAACCAGUCCAAGCAGCCCCGCAAACAAGAUCGCAAGGUACACCUAUAAAGUCCCCCAGGUCCAAAAGAGUCCUUUCACCUGGUGGUACCAUCGAGUCUGUCAACCUGGAUGCUGUUCCACAAUCGGUGUCUUUCCUAGACAACUCUGCAGCCAAGCAUAAACUCUCUGUCAAACCCAAGAAUCAGAGGGUUUCACGCAAGCAUCGGCGGUUCACUCAAGACAGUCAAGAAGUAUCCAUCCCUGGUGUGGUGCAUGAGGACCAGGAAGUCCCCAGCGUCUCUGCAGAGGACCAACGCAAAUCGUCCACGGAGGAUUCACUAGAAGCCUUUGAGAAGAGACUAUUAGAAGAAGAACGACUGGAAGAAAAGAGAAAAAGGGAGGUUGAAGAAGAGGAAAGGAGGCAAAAAGCAGAGCGUCUGAGGAUCGAAGAAGAGGAGCGAUGCCGUAAGCGCGAGAAGAUCGAGGAAGAAAAGAGGCUCCGUGAGGAAGAGGAGAGAAGGAUGAGGAAAGAAGAGGAGAGGAGGCAGCGAGAGGAGGAAGAGCGCAAAGUGGAGGAAGCAAGGAGACUGAGGGCAGAGCAAAAAAGGAAGGAGGAAGAGGAGGCCAAGCGACAGCAGGAGCUUGAGGCUAAGCGACUACUUAUGGAGGAAGAGGAGAUCAAGAAGAAAGAGGCAGAGAAGCAGAGGUUACGGGAGAGCCAAGAGAAGAACAAAUUAGAGGUACAUCUAAGAAAAGUGGCGGGAGAUGAUGCAAAUGGAUGCUCGGAUCAUCAAGAAAGAAAGAGAAGAGCUGAGGAGCUUCGCUGGCGGGAGAUGGAGGAGCGGCAGAAGCCUUUUUCCUUCCAAGUUUCCUCAGGAGAAAAAGAAAUCCUCUUUCCGAAGGUUAACCUGUCACCUGUUACAGCAACUGCUGCCUCACACGGAGAUGUCGUCAAUCCAAGAGAAGAAACAAAGGCCUCCUCCAAAGCACAAGACUCCCCCAACCGGCAGAUUUCUCCAUAUGUUCCCCACACCGCCAUCCUAGUGACUGGUGCCCAGCUGUGCGGCACUGCCGUGAAUCUUGACCAGAUCAGGGACACCGCCUGCAAGUCCCUCCUGGGUCUCGGUGAAGAUCGGAAGACCAAGGGCACGCCACCCGUCAAGACCAGGACGUCGCCGGACCGCAAGUCGGCCAAAACGAAAUCCCUCACAGAGUCCAUUGAGCCAGAUCCCGAGAGUGGAACAGUCCUGGCUGAGUGGGCCACCAUAAGAUCCAAAAUAUUCAAGGGUGUAGAGGAGGGCAGUGAGUACCCAGACCCGGCCAGGAGCCAACCUCAAACAAACCAGGAAGACCAGCACGAGUUUGCACACACGCAUCUGAGGAAGACCAUAUCUGCCAGCGCCAAGUUCUCCAUCACGCCUGCCAAAAAGAAGUUCGGAGAUUCAAAAAGGAACUCUGACUGCUCCAGUUCAAUGUCUGAUGAUAAAACUGGAGAAGUCACACCCUCUGACACUUCCACGUACGCCUCACCGACCGCAAACCGUAAAGCUCGGAACAGGACAAGUAAGAACCUCCGUAUCGCAGAAAGAGGAGCGGACGAGUGUGUGUUUGCCAAAGACCUCCCAUCUUUCCUUGUUCCCUGCCCCGGAGCCAAGACUGAAGGAAAUGAGUGGAAGGCCCGAGAUCGUUGUGUGUCAGCAGAUCCUGACAGCAGAGUGGAAGGUGAGGAGCUGAAUUUGGACAGCGAGGACAAGCCUUCACCAUUUGGCAUCAAGCUGAGGAGAACCAACUACUCACUCCGGUUCCACAGUGAGCAGUCCACUGAGAAACGGAAGAAACGCUACAGUGCCGGAGACAGCUUUGACGGCGUCCCCUCUCCCCUGACUCCUAUUGAGUUGGACUCUGAUGCCUCCCCUGUCUUUUCCGACCGAUCUAGUCCGGCGUCGCCUCAGAAAGAAACCAAUUACUUCCUCGGCUCAGCUUCCCCAGUAGUCCAACGGGCCAAUUUGAGCAAAUCCCCCAGCCCCGCGCCGCGAGGCGACGGGGAGCACGUGCCCUCCAAACCAUCACUUUACCGCAGACCCGCUGCCUCACCCAAACUCAUCGAAGGUGUUCCUACGCCUCCUCUGUCACCACUUUCUAAAGCCAGUUACAGCGAGGUGCUGGACUUGUCUGGCCGGAGUCAGCCCACGGCGGUGGCCCAGCUGCAACGGAGCAGCCAAGGCCAAGGGGACGAAGACCCCAAGGAGAAAAGAUCCUUCUUCCCGUCCAUCAACAUUCCUUGGAGGGAAAAAGUCGACAGAAAAUCAGAGCUAAUCAAGAAAGAAAAACCUUCGCUUCAGAGCAGACACUCUCUGGACAGCGCUAGGGUGCAGGAGAAAGAGGCUGGCCCGCUGUGGAUCACGCUGGCGCUGCAGAAGCAGAAAGGUUUCCGGGAACAGCAACAGAACCGCGAGGAUCGUCGUAGCCAACGGGAAGCCAAGCUAGCAGAGAAGCAGUCCCGGGAGCGAGACAGUGUGGGCUUGGUGAUGCCAAUGAGCCCCACAGAGAGUCAAGGAGGAAGUGGGAGCGUCAGUCCAGGUUCUAAAGCUCUGAUGCAAGAAGAGCCCAAAAGACCAGACAGCCUUCUGGGACGCUUUGAGAGAAGAGAACAGCUAAAGAAAGCCAAUACAUUACCCAGCUCCGUCACUGUGGAAAUCGCCGACUCCAGCCCAUCACCCCCCGCAGUCAAAGAGGUGUCCAAGCGCUUCACCGCCAUGGACUCGACCCAAGUCUCCACUGAGCCUGCCUGGCUGGCACUUGCCAAGCGGAAGGCAAAAGCCUGGAGCGACUGUCCUCAGAUCAUCAAGUAA